UGAUACAAGCUUUGUAUAAUUGUCUUAUCAUUUUGUAGCUGACGUAACGGAUGAAACCAUGGAGCUCUCGACAAUCAUUCAAGUGAUGACGACUAUGGUCUCUAGUCAAGUCGCGAGUUCGAUAAUCAUGACAGCUAAACAGACGUGCGAACGCUACUUUUGGGGCCCUAAAUGCUCCUUGACAUGUUACAACUGUGAAUCAGACUGUAACAAGGUCGAUGGCAGUUGUCAGAAAUGCAAGUCCGGUUUUAAGAACCCAGAACGCUCCUGUGAAACGGCGUGUGAAAAACACGAAUAUGGCAUCAACUGCCUCGGAGACUGUUAUAAAGUGUGUGGGGCGGACUGUGUUGAUAAUGUGACUGGUCGCUGUCCAGAAUCUCUAGAAGAUACCUUAUGGUCUUCGCUCCUGGUCAUCUUAAUGUUUGGGUUACUAAUUGCAACCAUUAUUGUCUACAUACCAGCUAACCCAUGCUCAAAAUACAGACUACAGCACAUUAUCAAAGAGUGCAAACGGAAGUUUAUCAAGGAGGACCGUGUCAGCAGCAGGGAUGUCUCCAGCUCUGUCCAAGCUGUGGAAACCCCUUUUCCCCCGGUCAGCAAUAGCCGGGUUCGUUUCGACGCUGAUUCUGCUUCUGACAGCGAGGUCCCUGAGGAGAAAAAAACCGCUGUGAUGACCAUUUAAAAAGAACAACAGAGUACUCUCCCUUUCUUACCGCCAACGUAUGUUAGGUGCCACAUACAGCAGUGUUUCCCAAAGUGGGGUACGCGUGCCCCUCCCAGGGGUACGGGAAGACUUUGGAGGAGGUACGCGUUGCAUCUCAUUAACUAUGCAGAUUUUGGUCAAAUACCCAUUUA